AUGCGUUACCCGCGUCAGGCGCAGGCUGCCCCUCUACCGAGCGCUGAAUACUGCGCAGCGAGCAACAAGAAUGAGAUUCUCGCAAUCACCGGGUCCAUGACAGCCAUUGCUAUCGUGGUGGUUGUGAUCAGAUUGCUUGUCAGAGCCUUCAUGACAAGAUCUCUUGGGCCUGACGAUCAUGCGAUAUCACUCGCCUUACUCCUGACGAUAGCGACCAUGGUUUGCUUUGUCUACGAGACAAAUUACGCAAUCGGAAAGCACUCUUUAUGCAUCACCCCAAAAGAGUACGAGAUGUUCGGUAAAUGGCAGUAUUUCCAUUCGAUGUGGUCAAUGAUUGGAGUUGUGAUCGUCAAGAUCUCGAUUGCACUGUUCCUCGCGCGCUUGGUACCUCCAGGGAAGAAAUGGCAGCGUCUCUUAUGGGGCAUUAUAGGUAUGACUGCCUCGUUGUACAUAUGCAUUCAUACUGACGUUCUGCAUCGCAGUAUUUCUGGUCUGCUUCUGCCUUUCGUGUCUUGGGACAUUAAUUUUCCAAUGCAUACCAAUUUCCGCCGCCUGGGACUCCAGCUUACGAGCCGAGAAGAGUACGACUUGCUUUUCGAAUUCGACGUUUACCGACAUUGGCCUCAUCAACUCUACAAUCAACUGCGUCACGGACUUCAUUCUGGCAGUACUUCCGCUACCUCUCGUUACGAAGCUUCAAGUCAACAUGCGGACCAAGCUAUCGCUCGGCGUGAUCCUCAGCUUGGGCUACUUCGCUUGCGCCGCGGGUAUUGUGAAGACGGUGAAACAACACAGCUUCUUUCAAGAGAAGGACCCCACAUGGCACAACUCGUUCAAUGUGUGGCACAUGACUGAGCUAUGCGUUGGAAUUCUGGCAUCUUCGUUGCCAGCUCUGAGACCGUUAUUCGACAAGAUCCUGAAAGGCUCAAAGCACGCUCUCAGUGGCUCUUGGCCUGGCUCCAAAUACUCGAAGAAUCCCACCAUCAAUGUCUCGAGUGGUCCUCGCUGCCGAGCCGGUGACGACGUCGAGUCUCUCAUGGGCAGGGAGUUCCAAUUCGAAAUGUUGGGCUGUUCAUCACGCACUCCGCAGAUGGACGUCAGCGAGGUUUCUACUGUAUUUCGGGAAACGGCGCGCGACAGGAAACGGUCUCUCAAGGAAGCGCCAUACACGGUAGCAAUUUCUGGAGGCGAACUGUCGACGCGUAGACCAAGCGACGCCGGUGGAAGCUGUGAAGGCCUCGAACCGGCAAGAAGGGGCAGCGUGGGGCCGAUCAAUAGGCUCGAUGCUGUCUACAAGACAACGGAAAUCACAAGUCUAACCUAUUCGAGGUCGAACUAG